GUGUACCAACCGAACAGUAGUGCAUCCAUUCCCAAUCUAGCCCACUUGCCUUCCAGUUACAAACAAAUCCUUUAGCGGCACCGUGCAGUCCCCCAUUUGUGUACCUUGCCUUAAUACCUACUUACCUACCUACCUACGUAUCUCUUGCGCACACUCCCAAAACCUCCACAUGACCGUGCACGUGACGCUCCACACGUCCGGACCCCGCAACGUCGUACAGGUCGCCGACGCCGAAUCGAUCCUCCAAAACUUCCAGGCGACGCUCGCCCGCUACACGACCGACGAUGGUUCCGCCCUAGUCGACAAGUUGGACUUGUCCGGUCGCGCCUGGCCCUUGUCCUCACUCCAAGUCCUCGAGGCCUUUUUCGAAGCGCACGUCGUCGACACCGUCCGCGUCCUCAAAAUCGACGACAUUAUUGCCUCUCUCCCCACCGUAGAUGGCCUCGCGUCUCUCCGUUGGUUUGCCCGGGUCUUUCAACACGCCCCCGUCGCCGUACUCAACCUCAACGACAACGCCUUGGGAACGCGCGGAAUGGCAGAAAUACGACCGUUGUUGUCCAAUCCGCACAUCCGACACCUUGCUCUCGAUAACGUUGGAAUCAGUGAAGCGGUCGUUGCUACACUGGCCACGAUACUCUCCCAUUCUUCCGGUGACGACCCGGAUACACCCGGACCACUCCAACUACAGAGUCUCUCGUUGGGCCGCAACCAAAUCGGGAUAGAAGGGGCGCGGAGUGUGGGGGAGCUCUUGGCUCUUUGCCCUCAUCUGGAGUCCUUCUCCUACGCUUCUUCCAGGCCGCAAUUGGCCGGAACCUUGGCCUUGGUCCAGGGUUUGGAGAAAAGCGAGGUCACAUCCUUGCGGUACUUGAACUUUGAAGAUUGCGUCUUCCGUGGCGGUGACGGGGAGGAUCCAACCCAGGUCCUCAAGACUGUGCUCUGUCGCUCUCCGAAACUCCACACCCUGCUACUCCCCGACUGCGAACUGGGUCCGGCUGGACUCCUUCUCGUCAUCCUCGGAAUCCGGUACGCCAAGCCACCCUUGACCGUCCUGGACUUGAGCGCCAACAAUGCUGGUCCCGGGGGCACCUACGCUCUUGGUGAGUUAUUGGAAUACACCGAUGCACCACAGACCCUCCAGUCACUCGCCUUUGACAAUAACGAGGUGGAAACCGCCGACGUCCUGAAUUGUGUACUCCGUCCCGUGAUCCGGUCACCCCGGGUCGCCCUCCGCGAACUACGCUUGGAGGGCAACGAACUCGAGGGCCUAGCACUCCAAUUGCUAAUCGAUAACCCCAUUCCCUCCCUCCGUGCCCUGCACCUCGAAGAAAAUAUGGACAUUGGACGCCAACGCGCUCAACGACUCCAAGCUCUUUACCAAACUAUGGGUUGUGUGGUGUACGUGGACGAGAAUUUGGAAAUCGACGAAAACGACGACCAUGAUGAGGAGCAAAAGGAUGACGACGCGGUCGAUGCGUUGGUGGACAGCGUGAAAGGGUUGGCUGUUUAG